AUGUCACUGCCAGGUGAAAGAUACAUAACACGUCCCAGGACCCUUUCACCACCCCUCCGACAUGAUUCAACUUCUUUCGAGCCCAUCCUACUGCGCUCAUCUGUCUGCAGCAGUCGCCGCAAGCAACGCAUCACUCCUAGACCGACCUGCAAACGAGCCAUCACUCUCGCCAUCCCUAACACUGCUCCGCGGGCCAUCCAGAGUUUCCUAAUGGCGGCGACUCUCAACGCCCAAGAAAAUGGGCGCGGCUUCCCGCCGCGUCUUGAUACCAAAUCACUCGAGAAGCUAGACACGUGGAUAUGCAACACGUAUUACACUGAGGAGACGCUGGAAGUUAAACGGCUUUGCGGCGAUCUUCUGCCGGUAGACCAAUGUAAUGUCAACUUGGUGCGGCGAGAGAGUUCGGACCCGGUUCCUUCUCCUUCUCCGCUCCGGAUUCCUGCAUCAAGCGGGGAUUCCACUGUGGGACUGUCGAAACUAUUCGAGUACGCGAAAAGAAGAAUACUGAUCUCCGUUCACCGAGGAGCGGGGAGGACCACCUUGUGCAAGAAAAUCGUACACGCUUUUCACAAGAAGGGGAUGUGGAGAGGCCUGUUUCCUAGGAUCGUCUGGCUCCCGCUACAAUACCUACAAACAUGGAAGGGUCCGGCGUACGGUCUAGUAGAGUUUCUGCACCAUAUUCACCGUCAGCAAUACCGGGCAGACACCUCUCCCGUCGGCCCUCCGCAAGACCGUACAGGCGAUCCCACGUUCCGUGACGCCCUCUUGAUCCUCGACGGGCUCGAAGAAGCGUUGGCCCUACUUGACAGGCAACACGACGCCGACUUACAUCAAUUCCUCCUCGCGUUACUGAACCAUACGGACGUCAUUAUCACGACCCGGCCGAACAUAUCAGUCCCGCAUGAUGUCCAAGAGCCUGAUGUCUGCUUGGAGGCAACUGGCUUGAGUCAUGAUCAUGUCCUGGACUAUCUGAUAAUGGCCGACGCGAUGGGGUCCGUGCGUGACGGAAUAUUGUCUCUUCUACUGAGAAUCCCGCUACUCCACGGCCUUCUUCGAAUUCCGGUCAUGUUGGACGCCCUCUGCUUUGUUUGGAACGAUACUUUCGCAGACAGCCCACUUCCGGACACAUUGACCGAUGUCUAUCGACGCAUUUCUCGAGGACUAUUGAGGAAGGAUCUCGAGAGACGGAAGGAGGGACGGAAGGAGUUGCUUCUAGCGCCCUCCGAGUCUGAGUCGGACAUCACCCUCGCGAGACGCAGCGAGCUUCUUGAGACCAUAGCCUUUGGCGGCGUGUGCAGCAAUCUCGCCGCGCUUCAGUCAGAAAAUCAAGACACCGUUCACCGAUGUAUCCAACUAUCGCCCGACCAAGAGCUGUUCCAGCAUUCUUCCAUCCUCAAGCCAUCGGACUGCUCUACCAAGCCAUCAGGCCAAGACACCCAGUUCAUUCACCCGAUAAUGCAACACUUCUUCGCCGCGAAGUAUUACGCUCAUCAAUGGAAAGCGAAGAGACACCUCUGCUAUAUGGGUUGCAACUCUCCAAACGCAAGCUGCAUCAGGAGUUCCCCCCAACAAUUCCUUUCUAGCCAUAAGUACUCCAAGCAACUUGGCCUCAUGUGGCCAUUCGUUGCGGGACUCUUGUAUGCGGAAGGGGAGCACGAAGUUGUCGGUUUCUUGGACGCUUUGGGGAACGAGCCGCGAGACACUCUAAAGGUUGCCCACCAGCAACUGGUCAUGCGCUGUUUGAGCGAACUGGUUCAUCUGCCAUCCAAGUAUCGGAAGCCAAGAGAAGAUGAGCUGUUACGUUGUGUGCUGUCUGAGCGAGAGUUGACAAAGUCGUCGACGUUUAUGACGGAGCCCGGACUUCCCGACACGGUUUUGCACGAUGCCCUGAAUAGCCCCGGCAACAAGCUCGUUUUCUUGCGUCCUCUAAUGGCUUCUCAACGGCAUGUCUCGGGAGAAACCCUAGCCAUUCUUUUGAAACUCAUGCAGAAGGAAGACAACUGCAAACCUCUUUACGACGCUCCGAGGAAGAUUUGGACGUUAGGAAAGACGGCCGAGGACUCGAUCAUCAAUCGACUGAAGGGUGGGAAAAGUCCGGAAGCAUCACUGGUCAUAAGUAUCCUGAAAUGGCGUGCUUUGUUGUCAAAAGGGGCUGUGGAACUUGUUGGGAAGCUUUUGAAGGAUAAGGAUGUUUGCGUAAGACGCAAUGCCGCCCAAGCUCUGCAUAAACAAUCAUUAUUAUCAGAGACGACAUUAGAAGCUCUAAUGGAAGCCUUCCAAGAUAAAGACCAGGACCUACAAUACGAUGCCGCUCAAGCUCUAGGCGAGCAAUCGAGGUUACCAACGACUAUUGAGGCCAGCCUAAAGGGCUUCUUCAUGCCUACAAGGAAGAUGGAAGGCUAUCAUGCCGCUCUAGCUCUAAGAAAGCAGGCGGCUUUGUCGCCGAUACUUAUGCCUGACUUUGAGAGUCUCCUCCAAGAUGAUGGAUGGAUGACUCAAAGCAUCGCCGCUGAAGCUCUCGGCAAGAACCCAAGAUUGCCUGUGGGAAUUCUAUAUGCCCUAGUCAAGCUCCUCAAAGGCAAAAAUAUCUGUCUCUUCGACAGAGAGGCAGCCGUCCAAGCUCUGAGCAACCAAGAAGCUUUGUCGGAGGAGGUCCUGGCCGACCUUGUGGAAUUCCUCAAGAGUGAAGGCUUGCAAGAAUAUGCCGUUCAAGUGCUCGAAAAGCAGUCGACCCUACCGGACA